AUGUAUAGAUUUUGUAAGAAAGUACAGUGUUGGAAAAUUAAUUUAUCUCCAACACCACUUUAUAUUCAAUCAUCACGACUCUAUACAACCAUAACCACACCAACAAUCAAAAAAACCAAUAAUUAUAAUAACAUCAAAACCAAAGACUUAAAUAAUAAAACUGGAAUUUUUAAAAAACCAAAAAAAGAUCUCUAUAAUAAAUCUCUUCCAACAUCAUCUGAUGAAAUUCAAAUUGAAGAACUACAUAAAAAAUUUAAAAAAGAUUUUAGUACAAUAGAAACAUUAUUAAAUAAUAAUCAAAUUGAAGAAGCUAUCAAAAAAUAUAAUAAAUAUGAUAUUGAAAACGGAAUCAAUAUAAAAGCAUUUUCAGCAAUACUUUUGUACCAACUUAAUAAUAGUAAUAUAGAUAACAGUAAUAAUAAUAUUCAAGAUUCAACAACCAAUAUAAAAGAAACAAUAAUAUUCUUUAGAAAUAAUGUGGACCAAUACAAACAGCAAUUUUCAAAAAUUUAUUUAAAAUCAGAUGAAUUUUUAGAAUUUUUAAGGGCUAUUUAUUCAAAGUCAUCAUCGUCAGUUAUGGAAAUCUAUAAUAUAUUAUUAGAGUCCGAUUUGAUAGACAUAAGGAUGAAUUUUAUAUUUUGUAAUUUUUAUUUAGAUCUCGGUUUAGAAAAAAAUGCAGAAAUAUUACUUAAAUAUAGUUUUCAAAUCGAAGAAAUCAGUGAUAAUAAUAAAAAUAAUAAAAAUAAUAAAAAUAAUAAUAAAACCAAUAAAUAUAUAAAGAUAUUAAAAUUUUUAAAAACACCAGUAUUAAAAAUCACUAAAAAAGAAGAAUAUGAAUUAAAGAUAUUGUUUAUAAAAUCAUGCAAAUUUCCAGUUUUAUAUCAAAUGUUGGUCGACCUCUUUAUUCCAAGUGGUAUUACCGAAGACUCGCGUUAUUUAGUGCCCUCUUUUAUUUGUGUUAUCAAUGCAUGUCUAGAAUCCAACCAAAUAGAACUAUUAGAGCAAAUGAUGGAGCCAUAUAAGAAAAAUAAGGAUCCUCUAGAUUCAAAUAAAUCGAUUGUAAUUGGUAUGGCCUACUUUUAUGCCCACCAUAGAAAUUUAAUAAACCUCAAAAACUAUUUAUAUCAAAACUUUUUAGGUCCAAAUAACGAUAAUAAUGUCUUUAAAAACGACCUAUUGGACACUGUAAUACUAUAUGCCUUAGAGCAAAACGAUUAUCAUGGCUAUGGCAAUGCAUUAUACUUUUCAGAUGUAAAAAAAAGCGAAAUCAAAGACGACUCCAUGGACUUUUAUUUACCAUUUAAAGAAUAUCACCGAUUCGUUCACCAUCAAGCAAGAGAUUUCUGGGUAGAGAAAGAAUCAGGAAACAACUCAAAGAACCUUAUAUAUAAAAACCGUUACUCAACAGAAAGAUUAAUAAAAGCGACAGAUAAAUUAUUAAAUAUUGAAGAAUUUAACUCUACAUCAAAUACAGACAAUAGUAUGGAUAUUUUAGAGAAUAAAAUCAAACUACUAUCAUACCACAGCCAAUUAAAAUCAAUUAAUGUUAGUCAAAAUGGAAAAAAGUUUAUUGAAGAAUUUAGGCAAUACCUUGUAACUCUUGAUAAAGAACUAUCAAUCAACCAAAUAAAAACAGCAAAAAAAGAAUAUUUCGAUUUAGAAUCCACCAAAUACUCUGAACUAAGGGAAGAUAAAUUAUUGAAAGAAAAACAUUUAUUUUAUACCGUCGUACCGCACUCACCACCCUUCAUCUCUGCAAUUAAAAGAUUUAGAAAUAGUUUUAAAGAGCUAGAGGAUGGAAAUAAUAAAUUUAUCGAUUUUAUAUUAAAGUUAAAGAGUAUGCCACUUAGAGAUUUAUUAACAACCAACAGUGACUGGGCCACCUAUAUCGAAAACUCAAAGAGUGAUUUAUUUUCAAUGACACAAAAGCUACCAAAAUCAAUUUACAAGUCAAAUGAAUUUUACAACUAUUGGUUACAAGUUUUAUCAAGUGAUUGCAAGAACAACACCGAAAUGAUAUGGAAUCUAUUUGGUUUUAUGUUGGAUAAUAAUAUUACAAUUGAAACAAAAUCACUAUCAAAAUUUUCAUCUGCAAUUUUUAAUUCAAAUAUAGAACUCAGCGAAACUCAACUAAACAAUCUAAAAAGAAUUGAAACUAAUGGAAAUACCAAUUUAAAUAUUCUAAGAAUGAAACUAAAGUAUUACCCAACCAAUAACUUUUCUGAAUAUGAUGAAUUCCAGUAUAGUAAAGAUGCACUCAUAGAUUCAUUGGAGGUUUUAAAGGGUAAAGAAUAUGAAUCAAAGUCAGAAAUGCUCAAACUAUAUACAAAUAUAGCCAGUAGAGUAUACCCACUAAACCAAAGUAUUUCAAAUAUUCACUCAUGGAAACCAUUCCCAAAUAAUUUCUUUUUCCAAGAAGCCUGUCAAAUCAUGAUACAGAAAAAAAUGAUUAACCACCUAAAACUAUUUAUUGGUAUAUACUCCAGAGAGAUUGGUCUUCUUAAUCACUCAUCAAUUAUGAACAUCAUUUCCCCCCUUCCACCAAUUAAACAAAAAUCAUUCAUCGAACACUAUUUAAAGAAAUCUUCAAACUACCCAAUCCAAUUUAUUAACUAUAUCAAAAAUUUAAAAAAAUCAUUACAAUUAACAAAUGACCAAAAUUCAAAAGUUUUAGAUGAAAUCAUUUCAACUGAAAAUAGUAAUAUACAUAACAAUAUAGAUAAAAUAGGUAAUAAUAAUAUAGAUAACAAUACAAAAGAUUUCAAUGAUUUAUUUAUUAAAGUUUAUUUAAAUAAAUAA